AUGUUGCAACCUCAGGAGCGUCUCCGACUAGCAGUCAUCGAAGGAAACCUUCCUAUUGCCAAAAGGUUGCUUUCUCGUUUCCCAGAACUUUGGCUCAAUAUAGAUUAUCAGAAUAACGGAUGGAGUAACCUACAUUACGCUUCAAAUGGUGGUAAUUACCUUGUAUGUUUCCAUCUUAUAUCUCUCUAUAAUCAUAGGCAGUCUGAAUGCAAGGAUCUUCAAAUAACACCGUUCGAUUUGUUAGCUUUUGACCAAAUGCUGGUUAUUCAUUUGGCUGCUGAAAACCAUCAUAUCCAAACUCUUCAUUAUCUUUUACAAGAAUUUCCUGGGUCUUUUUGGCUCAAUUCCCCUGGUGGGUGCCAUGGUCGAACGCCUUUACAUUUGAGUUGUAUCAAGGGGUUUCAAGAAGGAAUUAGACUUUUAGUUGAAUAUGGAGCUGAUCCCGCUAUUAAAGACAAUCUAGGUAAUACUUCUUUACAUUAUUUGUUUGAGUAUGAACAUAUGGAAUGUGUUUGGGCGAUUCAUCAAGUGAUACUUCGAAACGCAAAGUCAAAGGAUGAAGCCGAGGCUUUUUUGAACAAAUUGGAACUGAUAAAGAAUAAUAAAGGUUCUACAGCUCUUGAUUAUGCUCCGUCUGUUGCCUUUAGAAAUCAAUACAAAAAGAGGAAACAGCAUGUAUUGUCUCAGGAUUUAAAUGGGACCAUACUUGAAUUAGCUGACUUGGUAUCACGAAAAUCAGCGUUAACCUUAGAUGAAACUAAGUCUAUUAGUUCUAAGGGUACUCUUACAAGCACUGCUACUAAUGCCAAUUGUAGUUUGUCAAAUAAGUUCCCAGUAAUAGAAGCUGAUGUAUAUCCAUCACUGGAUGACGAACUUAUUACAAAACGUGCACAUUCUCAAUCUUUACCAACUGAUCUACCUCAACCAACUAAGAUAUCAGAGCAUCCUACAACAACAAGAAGGCGUUCUAAUACGACAAUUGCAAAGGCUUCAACUGGAACUCCUCAACCUCCAACAGCCACAUGUGGGGUUUAUCCUAAACCUCCACCUCCUCCCCUUAAGUCCAUUACUAUUUCUCCAAGUAUUAGAAACAGUUCAUUUAGUCUUGAAAAUGUUACAUUAACUGAGUCACGUCCUUUCAGUGUUGUGUUACCACAAUUACCUCACAAUGAUCUAUCUAGUUCUGAAAAGUACAAUGGUAAUCUGGCCCGUUCCUCAAUCCAAGGCAGUGACAGUAAAGACCGUCAAAGACUUUAG